AAAUCUGGUUGCACAUUUAGCAGCCCGUACAGAGUACAGUUAUGAAAAUCGGGGUCAAGUUCAAAUUGGGGCAAUCACCCCGUGCGACUGUGUAUAUUCACCUUUUGAUCUCGAGAGUUUCACAUUCUGACUCUUGAGGAAUCUUUCUCACUCUGAAAACCAUACAACUGUAGAAACUACGUCUAUGGAUUUUAUCAGUAUUAAUCACUCACUCUAAGAAGUCAAAUCUAAGGACGGCUCCUGCUUGGAAGUUAAAUCUUUAAGUAAGUUUAAAUAGACGACUAAGUUAGACUUAACUUAACAACAACAUAGUUACAUACUAAAAAUAAUGACAUACUUAAUUGAAUUAUAACUUAGGACUUAAUUAUAUUAUAAUUAUACUAUUAAGAAUUCAGUCGAUUAUUACUUGGCAUAUGCCUAUACUAUACUGUAUACUAUAUUUAAUAAGAGUAACACCCUCCUUUCAUUCAUAUUAUUUAGCCUACUUACUACAGUCUACAGUGUACAGCCUACGCCAACUUCACCACAGUCCCACAGUACAGGCUACAUAAUAAUAAUAUUGUAAGUAAUUAUAAUAAAAGACAUACCACCUUCCUAUUAUUAGUAUUAUUCCUAGAAUUACAAAUUAUAGUUAUUAUAUAGUAUAAAUACUAUACUAUAAAUAGUAUGGAAAAACCUGAAAUGUUUUGUCUUCGUUGCACCUCUAAUUUUUUGGAAAAGUUCAUCAAAAAAGUUGUAAAAAAAAAUGUAAAAAUGUGUAAUUUUUGUAAAAAUGCGAAAAAUUAAAAAAAAAAAAAAAAAAUUUAAAAUUAGGCACCCCAAAAAGCAUGCAAAUGUAGUGAAAUAAAAUGAGCCAUAAAGGAAAAGUUCAUCAAAAAAGUUGUAAAAAAAAAUGUAAAAAUGUGUAAUUUUUGUAAAAAUGCGAAAAAUUAAAAAAAAAAAAAAAAAAAUUUAAAAUUAGGCACCCCAAAAAGCAUGCAAAUGUAGUGAAAUAAAAUGAGCCAUAAAUCGAUCCCUAAACCUAACCUGGGGUUUGACCCUAUCGGAACCAGGCUUUUGACCUUAUAUCGGAACCAGGGUUUUGACCCUAUCUGAACCAGGGUUUUGACCCUAUCUGAUCCAGGGUUUUGACCCUAUCUGAUCCAGGGUUUUGACCCUAUCUGAUCCAGGGUUUGACCUUAUCGGAACCAGGGUUUUGACCCUAUCGGAACCAGGGUUUUGACCCUAUCGGAACCAGGGUUUUGACCCUAUCGGAACCAGGGUUUUGACCCUAUCGGAACCAGGGUUUUGACCCUAUCCUGAAAGGCGCAAGUAAAAACAUUUGGAAUUUACACAUUGUGGUAAGAAUACUAUGAAAAUGAACAAACAAAAAAAAAUGGCCCAAAAUAAUUAAAAAAUAAAGAGAUAAUGAAAACCCAACUCAUAAAAUACACUUUUACACAUUUUAUCACAGGUUCCACCAAAAAGAAUAUCCAGAAAAUGAAUAAAAUACAAGGCCAGCACCAUCAGACGUGAAGCCCAAAUCCAUGAAAGAAAUAUACCUUAUAACAAUGGUUCUCAACCUUUCCAGUGCCGCGACCCUUUAAUACAGUUUAUCCUGUCGUGGCAACCCCCUGCCACACAAUUAUUUUUGUUGCUACUUCAUAGCUGUAAGGAUAUGUGUUUUCAGGUGGUCUUAGGCGACCCCUGGGAAAUGGUCUGGCGACCCCCAAAGGGGUCGUGACCCACAGGUUGAGAACCGCUGCCUUAUAUGACCCAACCAAUGAAAAUUUAAAAUUAUAAUUAAUCAACCAAUUAAAAUUAUAAUAAAAAACAUGCCAUCGGCGUAUGAAUACUAAUACAUAAAAAAUAAUUCUCUAAAAGUAAAAAAAGGGAAGUGAUUCCCACAGGUAACACUCAAAAGACGUUGUGGCAUCCUAUCCUUGUUUUAGCCUACAAAUCUAUCUAAUGUGGACAGUGGACAGUGCUACAAUAGCUAAUGAGUAAUAAUAAUUAUAAUAAAUUAUAUAGUAUUGUAUUAAUAUAGGUUAUAUGCUAAUUCUAAUAAUAUAGCCCUUCAACUACAAUUGACUCAAUGACAAUAAAUAUAGUUUUAGAUAGGCCUAAGGGUUGUAACUAAGCCUAUCAUAGAACUAUCUAAGCUGAGUAUGCAGCUAUAAUCUAUAGCCAUGCCAUAGACUUAUGGCAUAGUGGCCCAAAGCUUAAAAAUUAUAGUAUAGUUAUAUACAAAUUAUAGUAUAGUUAUAUUAAAGGUCAAUAUCAAUUGUUAAGCCUACCCUAUAUUUUUAAUAUAAUGGCUAUAUUUAUAUGACCAUUAAAAAUUUUGGAUUACACUUAGGCAUACAAUGUAUGGAGAUAUCUUCUGUGUUGAAAUUUGCAUUCAUGUUUACAAGGUUGUCACGAUACACACAGAUUAAUGACUUCGUAGCUGUAAUUUUAUUUUAUAUUUUCUGGGAUGGGUUAAAACAAUUUUUGACAUAACAUUGUCAUGUUUUUUUCAUGUUUCAGGUUAAUUAGAGAUGAGGCUUGUUGGAAAACAUUUUUCAUACUUGAGAUUCAUUCAAAUACAUGGCUUUAUAAUAUGAAGAGACACUGCUCUAAAGCGUGAUGAAUACAGGAAUUAAAACGCACCACCUUCUAAAAAGUUGUGGUGUCAUAUUAAAUAAGCCACAUCAAAGAUUGGUGGUAUGUUUAUUCAGAAGAGAUAUUACUAGUGCAUUAGCCUCAAAUCCUAAAAGUAUUUGUGAGACUCAAGAUAGAUGGUGUAGAUAUAAAUCAUUUGUAUCAAGCCAGAAAAUGGCAAUUCCAGUUAUGAAUGGGGCCAGUGUAAAUGAAGAGAUGCAUCAGAUUUCCAAGGAGGCACUAUCACAGUAUAAUGUUGGUGAAGCAGAUGGAUGGCUCAAUAUUGGUCAGUACAGUAUAUUUGCCUGGAGUGUUUCUGGUGUAGAGAGCUGUAUAGUCAUAAAAUCUGAAGAUGUCCAGUUUGCUUUUGAUAUGGGCACUGCAGUUCCUGAGAGUAUAAAGGCCUCAAAUGUUUUUAUCACGUAAGUUUUUUUAUAAACAACAUUUAAUGAUAGAGUUUUGGAUAUUAUUUAUGUUUAGAUUGCAUUGUGUAGUGUUAGUCCUUUUAUGGUCAAUAUUUAGAAAUUUAUAUUUUUAACUUUAAAAAAACAUUUUGUAGUUGCCAUUCUUAUUCUAUGUAAAUUUUCCGGUAGGGGGAAGUCUUAUUCUGAGUUGCAAAGGGUCAAAGUGAUUUCCUAGCUGAAUUUAAAAUUACCUAUAGCCCUACCUCACAGUGAGAUGGCUUUAAGAAACUUGCUGCAAAAAUAUACCCCUCUUACUUUGAAGUGGGUACCUUCUUUCUGUUUAUAGUAGAGCUACUUGAAGUGUUUACUAUAAAAACUUUUAAUUUUUAUUCAAAAUGUACAAAACACUUGACAUUCUUAACACAUUCAGCUUGUAUUACUCAUAUUUGUAGUUCUUCUGCUUAUACAAAAUCUAUAAAAAAGGCUAAAAUAAACCUUUAAAGACUAUAUUGUUUUAAGUCUAAAGAUGUUACCUUAUCAAAUGCCAUGUUAACUUAAUCCUUGAAUCAGUACAUGUGUUGAUCCUUUGUUUAUAUCUGAAAUUUUUUCAACCAGACAUGGGCAUAUUGAUCACAUAGGAGCAGUUGCAAACCAUGUAUCAAAGAGAAGUCUGACUGGGAUGAAACCUGCUAGAUAUUUUGUACCUCCUCAUUUGGUUGAACCCUUAAGUGCAGUCAUGCAAGCUCAUUAUCAGAUGGCUGAGACUGUAGGAUCCAUUGAAUCCAUUAAACCAUUCGUAGAAGGAGAUGUUGUCAGAGUAAGAAUGUUUUCAAAAUAUUUAAGAAAUAUGUUUAUUGAAUUGACCCUGAAGACACAUUAGAGGUUAAAAAGAAAUGUUUAUUGUUAUUUUAAUAAAUACAGUAAAAGUCCUAGUUACUUUGUAUAAUAGGGGUCUGCAACUUUUUUGUGCAGAGUGCUGCACUGAAAUAAUUUUUUUGGUAGGCUGCAUGAUAGUUUUUAAAAUGCGUCAUUGAAGAAUGUUUUUGCAAAUUCAUUCUGGUUCAGUUAUACAAAAAAAUAAUGAAGUACCAGUGGUAUUAAUUUUAAAUUUCAUGAUAUUAUGGUUAUUUUAGUUGGAAAUUCUUGCACUAUGAUUAUUAAUCUUGAUAGAUUAAAAUUUUAAAGAUAAUUAUUCACAAUGUGUACAUUUUACAAAAACAUAAAUCCAGUUCACUGUAAGGUUUCAGCGGGCCGCAGGUUGCUUUAUAACAAUGUGUAACAUGUUUUUCAUAUACCUAUUAAGAAAAAAAUUGAAAGUAAGUCAAUGUUCUAAUUUUGAAUGUAAAAAAAAUUUACAAUAAAAAUUCUAGCUUUUUUAAACUAAAUUAAUUGCAUGCAUGUAAUGUUUGUUCCUCUUAACUCUGAUUUCCAUAGGAAAUAUAAUAAAUUAUAAUUUCAUCAACAGUUAAACAGUAGUUACUAUGUAAAAGCUUUCCCUACCAUUCAUCGGAUCCCAAGUCAAGGUUAUAUAUUGUACAAGGAAGUGAAAAAAUUGAAAGAGGAGUUCAAAGGCAUGCAGGGUUUCCAAGUGGCAGCUUUACAUAGAGAAGGCAAGGAAAUUCAUGACAUCAUUGUCACGCCAGAAAUUGCUUAUUGUGGUAAGUCAAUCUUUAAGAAAAAUUGAAUUUUUGUUUGUCCACAUUGUAUUAUUGUUACUAUUAUCACAGCAGACGGCCCACCACUGUGCCAACACCUACUGGCUAGACCUUAUCAACUUCAUACAAUCGGCUUCAGACAACGGAGAUGCAAGGAGCAUGUACGAGGGCAUCAGGAGGGCAUUUGGUCCACACACGUCAAAAAUAGCACCACUCAAGUCCAAGACGGGUCAAAUUAUCAAGAAUCCAAAUGAUCAACUCCGGCGUUGGGUAGAGCAUUAUCUUGAGCUAUACUAUACAAUGAAUGUAGUCACUGAGACCGCUCUGUCAGUAAUGAAUGAACUGGAUGAAGAGCCAACUUUACAGGAGCUCGAAAAAGCCAUUACCUUGCGGACGGGAAGGCUCCAGGGAUCGACGGCAUCCCAGCGGAAAUCCUCAAAAAUGGAAAACCUAUCAUACUUCAGCCCUUACAUGAGCUCCUCUGUCUGUGUUGGGAAACAGAUCACAUUCCCCAGGACAUGAGAGACGCCAACAUCGUAACAUUGUAUAAAAAUAAAAGGGACCGAAUUGAUUGCAAUAACUACCGAGGCAUUUCUCUCCUUAGCUUAGUUGGAAAGACUUUUUCACGUGUUGCCCUUAAACGAUUGCAGAGUCUUGCGAACCGCAUCUACCCAGAGUCCCAGUGUGGCUUCAGGAGUGGGAGCUCAACAAUAGACAUGAUAUUUUCGCUACGCCAAAUGUAGGAGAAAUGUCGUGAACAGCUUAUGCCUCUUUAUGUUGCCUUCAUAGACCUGACCAAGGCAUUUGACUUGGUAAGUCGAAGAGGCCUUUUCAGUAUCUUGCAAAGAAUAGGUUGUCCCCCACAACUGCUCACAAUAAUAGUCAUUUCACAAAAACAUGCACAACACAGUAACUUUCAAUGGCACUGUCUCUGAGUCAUUCCCAGGUAGCAGCGGAGUUAAACAGGGUUGUGUACUGGCACCAACGCUCUUUUCCAUUUUCUUUUCGAUGCUCCUUCAAUUUGCUUUCAGCGACAGUGAAAAUGAUAAAAUCUAACUGAUAAAACAAAAAUAAGUGUCUAUCAGGCAUGCAUGCUUAGCACGCUCCUAUAUGGUAGCGAAGUGUGGACCACAUAUACCAGUCAGGAGCGGAAACUCAACAGCUUCCAUCAAAGAUGUCUGCAUCGCAUUUUUACGUAUUCGUUGGCAGGACAGGGUUCCUAACGUGGAGCUACUCCAUCGUCUCACGAAGACGGAAGGAUGCCAUAUAUAUUAUAUUGUUGAACGAUCUUUCAUUUUAAUUACCCUAUGAUUGAAAUAAUUUUUUUUUUAAGUUCAAUUUAAAAAAUACUUAAAAUUAAAAUUUAGGGAAAGGGUAGAGUUGUAAAAAUUAGAACAGAUAUAAAGAUGUGUUAAAAUGCCCUGACAAUUAUAUAUUUUUUUUGACAAUAAGCUUCAGCUGAGCAAUACAUUUGUUCUGCCAAGUUAGACUCACUUUCUAAAUUACAAUAUUUAAAAGUUUAUGGACAUGAGACUCCAGUUGAAAAACUAAAAUGAAUUAUAUAUCAUUUUAAAGGUAAUUGGUGCUCUUUAAUUGAUAUUAGGUGUUUAUUCAAAAUAUACUUGCUAAAAUUGAUAUAUUAUUAUUUUUAGGCAUGCCUUUUUUUUUUAUGUCUGCAAAAACAUAACCUCACAGCUUUAAAAAGAAGUAAAAAAUAUUGUUUUCAAAUAUAGCAAUAAAAUUGAUUUUUUAUUAGAGUGUAUUCAAUACUACAAUACAUACUCAAAUGUAAAAAAAUAGACUCAUAAAUAAAUUAGUCAUGACUAUUUGUAGACAACAUAUCAUUCAAGGAAAUAUUGCCCAAAAAUGUCAAUUAUUUAAAAAAAAUUAUUAGUAAUUAUUAUUUUAGAAUAAAGUUUAAGAAAAAACAUAUUUUAGUUAGUAAUCUUUUUUUUACUCUAUUGAGGUAUCGAUCAGAUGGUCGAAUCCUUCGUAGAGACGAUGCACAUAAAAUUCUUGAAAACAAUUUUUCUUUAUUAAAACAUAAAAUGUAUCAAAAACAAAGCAUCUGACACAUGCUCUGACCAUUUUACUCUUGUUUUGAUAAUUUUUUUAUUGUCAGGUUGCAGGGCAUGAAGUAUGAAUAUCAGGCUUUACACUAACUGGUACAUCAUUUAAGAUGUCCUUUAUCUCCUAAAUUGUUAAUUAAUUUCUACAUUUUCUUGAUGCUGAUACAGUUCAUUGUAUUUUUCAUUGAUACUUUAUUUUUAGUAUCAUAAACUUUUAGGAAACUCAAUAUGGCCUUGAAUAUGUCCUUAGUCAUAAUGGCCUUGCUCAUAGUUCAUCAAAUAAGGAUUUCCUGAACCACAGUCUUGUAAAAUUAAGAUCUUGAAUAAGUCAGGCAUUCAUAAUAAAUCCACUUAGUAGAUAAAAAUCCUCUUAAAUGAUGUUAAACCAGUACCAAAUUUUGAAAACAGAAAGUUCCUUAUGUCAAUUGUUCUGUGCACACUGCUUACUAAUACACAACUGAAACUGUAGUAAAAUAGAGUUUGAAAAAGUGUAUAUGCUUUUGAAAUCUCCUCAUAACUUCUCUUGUUUUAACAUCAGGGAGCAGUAUGUUUGUACCUCCGGUCUAAAUGCAGAAAUCCACUUAAAGCCCCACUAGUAGUGGGAUUGGUAUUUUGGUCUGUCAGAUAUGACUGAUUUUUUCAAUCUUUCGUCUAUGGAGAGUUAAUGAAGGAUGGAUGUAAACGUAAAAAUCAAUAACAUUAGUGAUACUGUGAUUGACAUCACAGCACAAAUAAAACACCACAAAGAUAAUACACAUGAAGUACACAUUUUUUCCUUCUCUUGAUCCAUAGGUGAUACAACAUUUGAAGUGUUCACUAACCCACCUACUUCAGACCUGCUUAAAGUAAAGCUACUGAUUACUGAAGCCACUUUUCUAGAUGAUGAAAUAGGUUGAGUUUAAAAUUAAUUUGUUUAUUAGUAGUGCAUAUAAUGUAUACAUAUAUUUAUUGUUAACCUUAAAAGUUCUAGUGAUAAAUUAAUAGUGAGUGUUUCACACAAAAUGGAAACAACUUUAGAAUCUUUUAAGGCACAGGCAAUUGGAGGCAAUUUUUAUAAAAGAAUUGGAAUAUUUUUAAUGCUGCAAAAAUAAAUAAAAACAUGAAACACCUAGAUGGCUGCCUUAAUAUUAUUUUGAGGGCUUAUUAUAAAUAAUUUAAUACUUUCCAUUUUGCUUUGCUUGCAGGAAAAAAUAUGGUACAGAAAGCAAAAGAUAGAGGACAUACCCAUUUGUUAGAACUGUCACAAAAUGCAGAUCUUUUUGAUGACGUGGGGCAUAUUGUUUUGGUACAUUUUUCCAAUAAAUAUUCUCCCAAGUAUAUCAGAGAUUGUGUAUAUCAUAAGCUACCCCCAAAGCUAAGGAUCAAGGUUACCCCUGCUACAGUGGCCAAAGCAACCACAGCAACAACAUAACAAUAUGUUCUUAAUCUGGAAUAGUUUGUUGUAAAUUCAAAUCCAUCUUGUUUUUUUUUUUAGUAAACUGGUGUACACAUUCAAAAAGCUAAUGUACUUUUAUUUUUAAAAUAUUUUUAUCCUGGGACAUUUUCAAUAACACAAAGUUUAAAGUUAAAUUGAAUGUUCUUAGUAAAUAAAAAUGUGUAUCUUUAUAGAUCUUUUUAUAUAGCAGUUUUACCAAAAAAUCAUCCAUAUAAUUGGAAUUACAGAUUUUUAAAAGAAUGAUAAUAGUUGCAAAGUAACAGAUUUGAUUAAUAUCAAAUUUAAAUUUUAAAAAAUUUAAAUAAUUUUUGUUUUACCUGUAUCAAAAUCUUUGAACUCUGGUUGGGAAUUUUAUCAAAGGCCACUAUUACUUGUAUUUACAUCUACUUUUGAUCUUGUCAUAUAUCCCGGUUUGUGUUUGAAAACUGGAUUUUUAAACUGUGAUUCUAAGUUUUUAAACACUUUUUUUUUUCAUCUUCAGGUUUUUAUUUGAACAUUCAAUCAUGCAUCUACCAAAGAAAUAAAUGUAUGAGCUAUUAUAAUCAGUUUCUUAUUUGUAAAUAAUUGGCAUCUGACAUCACUUUGGAUUUAUUAAAUAUUUCUUUCUCAGGUUUAUUUUGAUAUCUACUGGUGCAGCUGUAAUAAGGCCAUAAAUAAAACCAUUGGUUCUGUAAUUCAUUUUCAUUAUAAUUUAAAUCUCACAAAAGUUUCAUUAUUUUGUUUUGAGUGUUUGCUUACUUUGUUGGUGUCAUUAGAAGUCAUGUCUAUGUAGGCUUACCUUUUCAACACAAAGCCCUGAUACAUAUGAUCCUUAUAGUUAAAGACAAAGAUAUUAUUUAACAAAAGAAUUUCAUCUGCUUACAUUGAUUUGUACUUGAAAAUCUUAAGUGAGAUUUCACCAAAAUUACCUGUCACCAAUCACAAUACAGACCUUUUGGGCAUCUAAACAUCUUGACUUCUUUUAUUUUUUCAUGUAUUUAACUUUGAAAGAUUACUAUUUAUUACACCAAUUAUGAAGCAUCCCUUCCAUUUACCUGUCUUAGAGCUUUGGUGCAAGCAAUAAUUUUCCACACCCAUUCUCUGACAUAAAAACAUAGUCUCAUGCAGUGGCUUUCAAUUUCAAUCUUUUUAAAACUGCAGACCAUUAAGGGGUACCUUUUAUAGUGGAAUUAAAAACUUUAUAUAGGGAGCGCUUAUUUUUUUAUAAAAUGACAAUGCUAGUAGUCAGUUACUUUAAAUAAUCAGAAGUCCAUCUGUAAAAAAAAUUACUUAAAUGAAAGUCUCGAGCUUUGAGAAUGUUAUUUCAAAAAUAUUGGUGCAAAAUCCACUGCUACAUUUUUCCUUGAAUACUUUACAAUUGUGGCUGCAGUGUAGUUUCGGAGAGAUGAAUUCUUAGUUUCUCCAUUUGGUUUUAUCACUUGCAUUGAUACAACUGAAAAUAGAGAUGCUUCAUCAAAAGUUCACUUUUACAAGGAUUCUCAUUUUCAUAGUAGACGAUUUAAAUUAAAACAAUUUCUUUGGCUAACAUUUAGCACACACAAAAACUCCUAGAUAAUUAUUUAUGAUUAGAUCUAUGUCUCC